AUGAAAAUUAUCUACUAGUUUUCUACACUGACAACUUUUAUUUAUGUAUUUCUUAGUCUUCCAAAACUAUAAUGUUGCCCUUAUAGUGAUUAUGAAGAUGCCUUAUUGCCCAUAGAGUCUCCAAUUCUUAAUUCAUUUGUCAAUAUAUAUAUGGGAAUUUCAUUUGAGUUUGGGUUUUGGAGUUUAUGUGUUCCUCAAUAACAAUUUAAAAAUGUCCCCUAUGUUGAUUAAGAAUUUGAUUAAAACUAAUUAGAAGAUGGAUAAUUCUUAUUUUUAGUUAAAGGCUAUAAUGGUGUUUCAGUGAUAGGAUUUAUUUCGAUGAGCUUAGAACCUGAUCUAGUUAUUUAUAACAUAAUGAUCAAUGAAGACAACAAUCAAAAAUUAGAUUUUAAAUAUCACCCCAUUAUUUAUGAGGGGAAAUGGAUUUUAAAUGUUUUUACAUAUGACUUUUAUAAUAGUCAAAUUUCUUAUGAGAUGACAGAUUAAGUUAAGUAAAGUAAAGAUGUAAAAUAAUUUCCAAUUUAUACUUAAAUUUUCUUAGGAGGAAGAGGAAAAGUAAUAUUAUAUUGUAAAUUUGAAUAGAUUGCAAAAUUAAACCUAAAUAAUUAUAAAGGGAGAUUGUCCAAGAUCUUGCUUAGAAAUGAAGAAUUUUAGAUUGGAUCCUUAUUCAAAUAUAUGGAGGAUAAUUGUUAAGUACCGCUUCCAUUACAAGAAGAGUAAAAAAUUUAUUUGGUCAAAGGAUUAUAAAUAUUCAAUGGUGAUACAUCUCUCCAAUAUACCAUUAAUUAAUUUGGAACUAGAUACUGUUUAUCUGGAUGGGUAAAAUAUGAUGCAUCAAGAGUAAUUGAGAAAUCAGUCUUUCCUUUGAUAAGGAUAAGUCUUUUUAAAAAUUAUUUUGAAAAAACAUAUUUUGGUGAUGAAAUAUUUGUGCUAAGAGUAAUUCUAAACAGAAUUGAACCUAAAACAAGUGGUAUUGAAAUUGCUAAAGAUUUCCAUAUGAUACCUAUAAUGGGAUUGAUUAGAGGUCCAACAAUUAAUGCAUUUUAAAUAGGAUUUUUUAAUGAUGAAAAUCAUCUUUAUUUUGAAGGAUUACAAUAAUGGCAUUAUUUACAUUAUGAAUAAGGUUUAACAAAAGAAUUUAGAACUAUCUCCUAUAUACAAUUUUACAACGAGUUAAAUUAAUAAAUAAUAAUUGAAAAUUUAGCAUCAAUAUGCAACUCACCUUUUUAUCUCUAUUUGGGAUCAGACGAGUUUGUAAUAGAUUUGCUCCAAGCAUCACUUUAUGAUUUUAAAUUUGAAUAUAAUUAUGAGGAUGAUAAGUAAUUUCUAUUUAAUGGUAUAAUUAAAUAAUCAAAAUUAGUUUGUCAUUACUCUUGUAAGACUUGUGAUGGACCUCUUGAAAAUAAUUGUAUAAGUUGUUAAGAUAAUUCUAACAGACAUUAUUUAAAUGAACAAAAAAAAUGCAAAUGCAAUCAUGGAUUUAUAGAUGUUCCAGACGAGAAAGUGUGUAAAUCAUUUGAAUUUGAAUAUUCUUCCGUUUAGUAAAAAGAGGGAGCACCUUUUAGUAAUACUUUAUGUGAAUUUGGAUACUUUCUCUAUCCAACCAGAAAUAAUUUUUUUGAAUGUAAAAAAUGGUAAUAAAUUUCAUUAUUAUGAGUCCUUAAUCCAAUUCUUAUGAAAUUCUAUGUGUUGAUUGUAUUUAUUACCCAUUAACUUGGUAUUUAAAACCAAUAUGCAAAUAUGAUUUAAUAUCAUUAAAAUAGACUGAUUAAGGUGCAUUUGACUAUAUUAAAAGAGAUUAAUUAAAUUAUGAUUUUUAUCUUAUUGAUAAAGAUAAGUUUAUAGAGAUUCAUCCAGGUUUCUUGGAUUUUUGUGAUAUAGAAUUAGACUCUGAUUGCUUUACAUCAAAAUAUUAACAUUUAGAUGAAUAUGCAAAAGUAAAAUGUAAACCAAAUUACUAUUAAAAAAAUUAAGAUUGUAUUUUUACAGAUAUCAAUUGUUUACAAGCAUCAAAAGAUGGAAGAUGUUUAUAAACUAAAACUGGAAUGUAUUAAUAUAAUUCUAAUUACUAUUAAUGUCCUUUUACUUGUUUCACUUGCGAGUAUAAUGUUGAAUCAAAUAGUUUAUAAUGUUAAUCUUGUUUGAAUGGUUACAAUUUAAAUAAUGGAGAAUGUGUUCGUUGUGGAAAUUUUUGUGCUUUUUGCAAAAAUUAAUAUGAUUCAAAUAUAGGUACAAAUUAUCUAAGAUGCUACAAAUGUUUAGAUGAUUCAAAGUACUUUUUAUCAUUCGAUGGAAUAAAUUGCUUUGAAAAUCCAAUCAAAAAUUGUCAUUAUGCUUUUUAGGCUUUGUAAACUGAUUUAUAAAUUAAUACUCUUGAUCUCAAUUUUAAACCAAGAAAUGAUUGGCAUAAUAUUAUUACCACAUGUGGAAGGUGUCAUUUUAAUUGUGUUCUGAUAUUGGAAACUAAUACUUGUUUAUUUUAACCUGAUGAUUAAUGCUUCUUCUCAUAUUCAGAACGUUUUAGUAAUUCUACUUUUCUAAAUGAUAAUUUAAUUAAUGAGCUAAUUGUGAUUUUUGAAAAAGAAAUUGAUAAAUAGAUCAUAUCUAUUGCAUUUAAUCCUAAUAUAUUUGGUAUCUAUGCUACAUCACAACAAUAUUGUUUGAUUCAUUCAACAUAUAAUGAAUCACCAAGAUACAAAAUCGUUCAAUUCAAUUAAUAAUGUUAAGGAUAUAUAGAGAAUUGUGAAAGUUGUUUAAGAGAAAAGGUAACAAAUACAAGAGUAGUCCAUAUUUGUCUGACUUGUAAAAAGGGAUAUUUUGCUGACAGAAUAUCAGGUAAAUGCUUCUAAUGCCCAUCAGAAUUACAUUGUUAACUUUGUUCUUAACAGUAAAAAAUAAUGAAAGAUCAUUGGAAAAAUUAAAUAAGAGCUUUUUAUUAAUUUUUUAUUAAUUCGAAAGAUGAUCAUCCAUUUAAACUAAAUGCCUAAAGUGAAAACAUAGAUGAUUAUGAAAUUAUAUGUACUUCUUGUUCUAAAGGAUAUGAAUUAGUAAAUGAAAUAUGUAUCAAAGCUUGUCCUGAUUCAUGUUUAGAAUGCUAAUAUUUAAAUGGUCAUAAUUAAUGUAUAAAAUGUUAUCUUGAAUUCUAAGGAAGAAGGCAAAGUUUAUCAGAAAAUUAAUGUAUUGAAUGUCCGUAAAAUUGUGCUUUGUGUAGAAUUAGGUCAUAAGAAGAAAUUCAAUUAAUUAAUCCUUUUUUUAAUAAUGAUAAAUACAUAACAGCUUCAUACCAAUGUUUAAAAGGUUUUGAUGAUUAAAACUAUUUUUUUGAUUAAGAAUUAGGAAGCUUUAUAAAUUGUAUUAAUCUUAAUAAUUGUGAAAAAUAACUAAUAAUUCCAAUUAAUUUAUUUUGUUCUUAAGAAGAUUUCAUAAAAGCCUUAAAUGCUUAUGGGACAGAUUAUGAAAAACAACAAUUUAAUAAACGUAACAUUCUCUUGGAGGAUUUAAUUUCUGGAUACAGUUUUAAAGAAGUAAUAAUAAUUUAAAUUAAUAUUUUAGUUUGAAAAUGAUGAUUUUUAUUCCUAAUCUAAUUCUAAUUUGAUAAAGACUAUUAUUCUUUAAAUUACUAGUAUCAAACCUUAAAAAUGUAAAAUAAAAGGAAAUGCCACAAUUUAAUAAUUAUUUAGUUAGAACAUUUUUUCCACUAUGUAAAUAAUAUCAGUUAUUUUUCUAGAAAUGUUGAAUUAUAAAUUAAUUUCAAUCAAAAUACUAUCAUUGAAUUUGAAAGAACUAUAACAUUUUAGAAUUUUAACAAAAUUACAAUUUUAGGAGGUAUAUUCUAACCUUAAUAAAAUAAUAAUAUAAAAUAACUGAUAUUUAAGAACAUAUUACCUUAAGUGAUUGUUUUAGAUAAUUUUAUAUAUUAGCAAACUUAAUAGAAAAUAGAUUAAUCUUAAAUAAUUUUUUAAAAUGUUAUUAAGUUAAUUUUAAGUAAUUUUAAAAUAAUUGACCUAAUCUAAAACAAUAUUGAUAAGUUCAUUUAAAUUACAAAUACCUUUUUUACUAAAGUGAUUAAAAUUCAAAAUUUUUAGAUUUUAAACUCUACUUUAGACAAUCAAAUCACUCUAUUUUUUAAUUUUAAUAAAUAAGAUAUCAUCGAACUGUAAGAUUUAUAUGUAAAUGCUUUAUUUAAUAAUUCAACUUUUAUAUAAAGUGGAAUGUCUAUGAAAAAUGGAAAUCUUAUAUGUAAAAAUAUAAAUUUCAAAGUAAAUUUACUCAAUUGUUUAACCUUCAUUAACUGGCUUUAUUUGAAUGAUAUAAGAGUAAUUGGAAUUUCAUUUGAAAAUUCUGAAAUCAAUAACUCAACUCUUAUCAUUCUUAAUAAUAAUAAUAAUUUAAGUGGUUUAACCAUUAAUAAUAGCUCAUUUAAAUAUUUUAGUUAUGGAAUUUAAAAUUCUAAUUAAAUCUUUGAAGAGAAUUUAAAUAUAGAAUUUACAAAUAUUUAUUUAUUACAUAAUGAAUAUCAUUAAAAUACAAAAUUUAUGUAUUUUCACAAAUACAAUAAUGGGUAUUCAUCGAUUAAAAUCAAUAAUUUAAUGAUAUCUAAUAAUUAUGCUACAUCCGUUUAAUCUGAUUUUAAUUUGAAAACCUAAAACCUAGCUUUAAUUUUAAUUUAAUUAGAUGGUGUUUAUAUAACAAACUUAAAUAUCUUAAGAAGUUAUGGAUUGAAAGAUAUUAGCAUAUAAAAUGCAAAAGUAUUAAGAAUAGUGUCUAGUAUAAUUACUUAAAGUGAUGAACAUAAAUUCCUUGGUCUUCAUUAAUAUCUUGAUUGCCAAUUAUAACAAGUCUAAGGUGAAUACUAUUUAUAAUCGCUCUUUAUAACAUCUGUGAUUGAUUUUGAGGUGGUUGAUAUGCAAAUAAGAAAUGUUUAAUCUUAUAAUUCUCCAGUUAUAUACUAUAAAUCAUCUGAUAGUAUAACACAAUAAUAACUAGAAAAAAUUCGUUUUAUUAAUUUUAUUGUGGAAUCAAAUUUAUUACUUCUAACAAAUUAAUAAUUUUAAACUGGAAUCAUUUUUAUGGAGUCAAUUCAAUAGACUACUGUUGAAGUUUAAAAUGUUACAUUUAUAAAUAAUAUUUUACAUGAAUAUGUUUAAAACAAUCUUUAAAUAUCCGCAUUAUUAUUAAACUUCAAUUGUAUUUUAGGCUUAGUUACUAUAACCAACUCCCAUUUUUCUAAAAAUACCCUUUACAAUAGCACAGAUAAUAUCAUAUUCAUAAAAAGUCAAUAAUUAGUAAUAUUAAACAGUACUUUUUAUUAAAAUAGUUAGUUUAAUUAUCAAAAUAUCCAACCUUUUUUAUUAUGGGGGUUUGCUGAAUAUGAAUAAUUAUCUUAUUAAUAAAUAAACAGUAUUUUCUAAGUAAAAUCUAAUGCAGGAGUUGGUUCAUUUUUAGUGGAAAGUUUAGAAAUAAAGUUUUGCAAUUUUGAGUAAUCAGUAGGUUUUUAAGGAGGAGCAAUAUAUAUUGAAGCUUAAAGAAAUAGUAUAAUUUCAAUUUCCCAGUCUUAGUUCAAGAAUAUUUCUACUUCAUUUUCCAAAGAUUUAGGAUAUGGUGGAUCUAUAUAUUUAGAUGGAACUUAAGCAGAAACUCUCGAGUUAUCAAUCUCUUAAUUGAUUAUUAAUAAUAUUAAUGCUAAGGAAGCUGGAGGAUUCAUUUACAUUUAAUCAGAUUCUCCUAUUAUUUCAAUUUCAAUAUAUCAAUUGGAUAUUAAAAAUAUCUAUUCUAAACUUGGAUCUUUCAUAUAUGUUGUACUUUCUAAUGUGGCUUCAAAAUAGCAAAUAAUGAAAUUAGAUUAAAUUUUUAUUCAAAAUACUUUAGAGGGAUUUAAGAAUUAUUUAAAUUAAUAUACUCAAUUAUCAAACUAAGAUUAAUUAGCUUUAAUUAAUAAUAGAGCCUUAUUUUAUUUUGAUUAAGUUAUUAAUGUAAUCAUUUAAAAUGUAGAAAUAGAUUAUUUACUAAUGGAAUCUGCAAUUAUUAUGAGAAAUGCUUAAAUAUUUUCUAUUUAAAAUUUAAAAGUUUCAAAUAGUCUAAUAAAUAAUUGUCUACUCCGAUUAUAUCCAAAUUUAUGUAAAUAUUAAUAUUGAUUUAUUUUUAGAUGAAUCUAAUAAAAUUUAAAUAAAUAAUCUAGAAGUUUAGAAUAUCUCAAUUGUUUUAUAAUUAGAGAAUUAUAAAUGUGAAUAAUCAACUAUAAUAGAAUAAAAAAUAUACUUUUAAUGCAUUUCUAAUGAUUAAAAAAAGACCGCACCACUCAUUUUGCAAUAAAAGUCUAAAAAUUAGUAGAAUUCUUAUGGAGAUUGUAUUAUAUCUUAAAUUUAAGAAUAAUAUCAAUAAGAAAAUAAUUUAGUUUUUGAUAUUCAAAAUUCUGGAUUGUUCUUAUUCUUAGAUCUUACAGAUUAAACUUAACUUAAAUUAAACAACCUUAUUUUCUCAUAAAUAAAUUGCAAAUUUUGUUCAAAUGGGUUGCUAUAUUAUUCUUUUAUGAGGGUUGAGGAUAAUUUAUUAAAAUAAUAGAUUUCUAGUCUUAAAAUUACUAAUUCUCAAUGUGGAUUAUCUGGUUGUUUUUCAAUCAGAAAAGUAAAUAAUACUAAUAGUAGACUGUUAACAUAAACAGAAGUGAAUAUCUAAUAAAUGAAUUUAGAAGUGAUUAUAGACAAUUAUAUUUGCCAAUAUAAUAUUGCUUCUAAUGGAACCUGUUUAUUUAUAGAGAAUGUUAAAGUUUUGAUACAUAAUUCUAUUUUUUAAUAUAAUAAAGCAUCUGAAACUGGAGGUGCCAUAUUUGUAAAAAAUAAAAAAGAUAUCCUGAUUACAAGUAGUGUGAUAUCUCAUAAUUCAGCCUUUAUAGGAGGAGGAAUAUAUUUAAUUGAUUAAUAAGAUAUGGAUUAUUUUAAUCUAAAUACAAUUGUGAAUAAUAACUAAGCUUAGUUUUUUGGAUAGAAUAUAAUUUCUGUUCCUCAAAAGUUGACUAUUACUUUAUAAAAUGAAAAUUCUAAAUUAAGCACGAAAUCAAUCAUAAUAUCUUAAGAUCUAUUGAUAUAAUAGGUUAUUAUUUAAUAGAAUAAUUCUGCCUAACAAUAGUAUCUUUACUUACCUAGUGGUUAAUAGAUUUCUCAAUAUGAAUUUUUCUCUAAAGUUAAUCGUACUUAUACUGCUUUUAAUUCAAAAUUCCGUGUAAUUGCAUUAGGCAAGGAUAAUAGUAUAAUUAAAAAUCUGAUAAAUUCAUAUUGCAAUAUUGAUAGUAGAAAAAUAAAUACAUCAAAUUAUGAUGAUGAAUAAAUUCCUUUUAGUAACAAAUUUACAAAUUUUGAUAGUGUCUAUUUUAAUGAAUAAACAUAAGAUUAUAAUUUAGAUGAUAUGAUUUUAUAUUUCGAUAAUGAAUUACCCUCUGAAAUUGUAUUAUAAUUGUAAUUCAAUUGCAAUUCUGUUGUUGUUCCUAUUUAUAAUUAAUAAUAUCCUUAUAAUCUAUUAAGCACACAUUCAAAUUAUAAAUUAAGACUCAAUAUCAAAACAUUACCUUGUUAAUAUGGAGAAAUUAAAAAUUAUACUGAUUAUUCUUGUAUACCAUGUGAUAGUAAUUAAGGACUGUAUUCAUUAACUCUUAAUUCUUAAAAAUGUGAACUCAAAGAUGAAAUUUCAACAAUAAGUGUGAAAUCAGCACUAUUAAAUUUAAAGUUUGGGUAUUGGAGACCUUAUUUUUAAAGUAAUGUAAUAAGUUAUUGUUUAAAUCUACCAUAAAAUUGUUUAGGUGGUUGGUAAGAGGGUGAUGAAUCAUGUUUUUUAGGACAUAUUGGAGCCUUAUGUGAAUAAUGUGAUUUAUAUGAUAUAAGAGGAGAUGGAUAAUAUUCUAUAAGUUAAAAGUACUCUUGUGGACCAUGUACAAAGAAUGAUUAAAAUAUACUAAUUAUUGUAUUAGUUAGUAUUUGGUAUUUUUAUAUUCUGAAAAUAGGACUUUGAUUUCGAUUUUUAUUUCAGUACAAAGUACAAUUAAAGCCACCUAAGAAUUUGUUCGAAAUUUUUCCUUUUAAAAAAUGGGAUUAGCAGUUAACUAGAAUACAAAUUAAUCAGCAAUUCUAAUUAAAAUGCUCACUAAUUACUUAUAAAUUAUCGCAUCAAUUGUUACAUUUUAACUCAAAUUACCUGUUGGAAUUGAAAGUACUUUUAAUGCAAUGGGUUCUCCAAUUUAAGCAAUGACUUAUUCUCUAGAUUGCUUUUUAUCAUAUGCUUUUUAACUAGAAAUUUAAUAUGCUAGAAUGAUUUGGUAAAUAAUUAUGCCAUCUCUUUAUAUCUCUGUUUUUCUUCAAGGUUACUUAUUUCUAAUUCUUGCAUAACGUACUUCUUUUAAUAUAUGUGUUAUUACCACUACUUUUAUUUAUAUGUACAUUUAUUUACAACCAAGUGUUAUUGGAGGGCUAGUUCAAUUAAUCUCAUACAGAGAGAUUUCAGGAUAUAAAUGGAUUUAAUCAAAUAUUUCAUAAAGAUAUGAUACAUCUUAACAUGAACAAUGGAUGCUUAAACUUUGUUUUCCCAUGCUUUUUGUAUUUGCAAUUUUUGUCCCCAUUUACUUUUUCUUUGGACUUUAUAGUAAUAUUAAGAAACUGGAUCAAAAGAAAGUUAGACUUUAAUGGGGUUAUUUAUAUAAUGAAUAUACUAAAUCCGCUUAUUUUUGGGAGGUAAUUAAAAUAGCCCAAAAAGAGUUAAUGAUCAUAUCCUUAACAUAUUAUGAAGAUAGAAUAAUAAUAAAAGCAACUAUUAUUUUACUUAUUACUGGAGUAUAUUAAGUAUUAAAUUAAAAGUAUAAGCCUUACAAAUAAAAUACUUUGAAUUAAUUAGAUUAUUAUUCCACCAAUGUUUGUCUUGCAUCAAUUGUUUUAGCCAUUGGUAUCUAUAUUUCAUAAUAAUCAAAUUCCAGUGAAAUCUAAAUUCCUUAUUAAAUCAUAAUAAUAGUGCUGAACCUUCAUAUCAUUUAUUUAUUAAUAUCAAAAAUUUUAGUGGAAUUCUAUAAAGAAAAAACCAAUGAUUAUUAGGAUAAAAUUGAAAAAUUAAGAUUUGUUAUAAGAAAACUUUUCCCAUUUUUCAAUAAAAUAGCAUUUUUAAGAAGAAUAUUAGCUGAUCGAGGUGAGUAAAGAAUUCGAGUUAGAAAAUAAUAUCUAAAAUUAAGAAGCUAUUUAAUCCCAUUAGCUAAAGAAAUAAUUCUAUUAAAAAAAUAAUAAUCUUAAGUUUCUAUUGAGAGAAAUUUGGAUUCAAGUCCUAACACUCAUCAUUUGAGUGUAAGAAGUCCAAGCUUAGUUCGAGAAGGACAAUAAUUGAUCAGAAAUCCUUAUUUGGCAUGUUCUUUGAAUUUCUCAAAAAAUAUUACAAAUUCUUAUGCAUUUGAUAAAAUGUAAUUAAUUUGAUUUAAUAAAAAUUAUAGAAAAAAUCAAUAAAUUAAUCAAUUACAGUAGACCUUUGAUACUCACCAUUAUCCUAUUGUAGGAUAAAAAGAUCAAAUUAAAGACAUUCAAGAUGAGUGA